AUGAGUUCCUCAUCAUCAUCGGCUGAAUCUCAUCUAGCCACCGCCAAAACAGCUCUCACGGCGGUUGCGUCGGUUGCUGCAGCCGCAAUGCUGACUCGAUCAAUCGUCCAGGAUUACAUGCCAGACGAGGUCCACGAACUCAUCUCUUCCGGCAUCCGCAGAUUCUUCAGCUACUUCUCUUCUCAAAUGACAGCCGUGAUCGAAGAAGGAUCUCCAGGAAUCGAACACAACGAAGUAUUCGAAGCCGCGGAAGCCUACCUCUCCACCAAGAUAUCGAACUCCACCAGAAGAAUCAAAGUGAACAAACUCGAGAAACAGAGCAACCUCAACGUCACCGUAGAACGCGACGAAGAGAUCGCCGACAGUUUCGACGGCGUCAAGCUGAGCUGGAUCCUCCACGUCGACAAACGUAACCUCCGCGAUCUCACGAGCUCGACUCUGAAAUCGGAAGUGCGUUACUACGAGCUAAAGUUCAACAAGAAAUUCAAAAACUUGAUUCUCGAAUCUUACUUGCCGUUUGUGGUGAAUCAAGCUGCGUUGAUGAAGCAAAAGGUCAAGACUUUGAAGAUCUUCACACGUAAUGUCUACUCAGCCGAGUGGACUUCAGUCUCUCUCGACCAUCCUUCCACGUUUCGCACUCUCGCCAUGGAUCCGGAGACGAUGAGAGACCUCGUGGAGGAUCUCGACCGCUUCGUGGCGCGUAAAAGCUUUUACGAGAGAGUUGGAAAAGCUUGGAAGAGAGGCUACUUGCUCUACGGUCCUCCAGGAACAGGGAAGUCGAGCUUGAUCGCAGCCAUGGCGAAUCAUCUUAACUUCGAUAUCUACGACUUAGACUUGACCUCUGUCAACAGCAACGCUGAGUUACGGAAGCUGUUGAUGUCUACUGCGAACCGCUCGAUUCUGAUUGUGGAAGAUAUUGACUGUUCGAUUGAGUUUAAGGACCGGACUGUGGAUGAGAUUUCUCAUGAAGACGAUGAUUCGGUUCAUAAAACGGUUACACUCUCUGGUUUAUUGAAUUUUGUGGAUGGGUUAUGGUCAAGUUGUGGUAACGAGAGGAUUAUAGUGUUUACGACUAACUACAGAGAGAAGUUGGAUCCGGCAUUGUUGAGGCCUGGACGUAUGGAUAUGCACAUUCACAUGUCGUAUUGUACACCGGCUGCUUUUAAGGUUCUGGCUUGGAAUUAUCUUGAGGUUGAAGAGCAUGUGGUUUUUGAGCAGAUUGAGGAAUGUAUCAGGGAAGUAGAAGUUACACCAGCAGAGAUAGCUGAACAGUUGAUGAGGAGUGACUCUGUGGAUAAGGAAGGAACCAAAGAUCUAAAGACCAGAAGCUUCAGAUCCUUGUCGACUCAGUCCCCUCCCUUUUGCAGAGAAAUGGUGGAUGCUGUAGUGACAGUGUUUCUGGAGAAAACCUUGAACGUCCUCGAAGAAAACCGCCGAGUUGUAACGGAAUAUCGAAAGAAUCUAAAAGAUUUGCAGAGUGAGUUACAGUAUAUGCAGUCUUUCCUCAAAGACGCAGAGAGACAGAAGAGGAAGAAGGAAGUCUUGCGUACACUCGUUUCAGACUUACGAGAGCUGGUCUACGAAGCUGAGGACAUAGUCGUGGAUUGUCAGCUAGAAGAUGGUGGUGGUGAAGAUGAUGAUAGUAACGAGCAAAGGCCUUGGCUUUCGCGGUUUUAUCCUUCACGGGUCUCGCUGCAGUACAAGAAAAGCAAACGUCUCAAAGAGAUCAACGAGAGCAUAACAGCUAUCAAGACUAGAGCUGAGCCUUAUUUCAAGUUCAUGACGCAGAGCAACGUCGGAAGAGACAAUGGAACUGAUCGGUGGAGCUCUCAGGCGUAUGAUCAUACUCAAGUGGUUGGUUUGGAAGGAGAUAAGAGCAAAAUCAAGGAGUGGCUCUUCAGGUCAAACGAGAGCGAGCUCUUGAAGAUGGCCUUUGUUGGGAUGGGAGGGUUGGGGAAAACCACCAUUGCUCAAGAAGUGUUCAACGACAAAGAGAUCGAGAACCGUUUCGAGAGAAGGAUAUGGGUCUCUGUGUCCCAGACUUUCACUGAAGAACAGAUCAUGAGAAGCAUAUUAAGGAACUUGGGUGAUGCAAGUGUUGGAGACGAUCUUGGAACGUUGCUGAGGAAAAUCCAGCAGUAUCUUUUGGGGAAACGGUACUUGAUUGUGAUGGACGAUGUUUGGGACAAGAACUUGAGUUGGUGGGACAAGAUCUAUCAAGGACUGCCUAGAGGACAAGGAGGCAGUGUUAUCGUGACAACAAGAUCAGAAUCUGUGGCGGUUAAGGUUCAAGCCAACAAGACUCACCGUCCGCAGCUGCUUACUCCUGAUUACAGCUGGCUGCUGUUUUGUAAAGUGGCGUUCGCGGCGAACAACGGUGCUUGCGAGCGUCCAGAGCUAGAGGAUGUUGGGAAAGAGAUUGUAGCGAAAUGCAAAGGUUUGCCUCUGACAAUCAAAGCCGUUGGUGGGUUGCUUCUGUGCAAAGAGCAUGUGUAUCAUGAAUGGAAACGAAUAGCAGAGUAUUUUCAAGAUGAGUUGAAGAACAACACUUCUGAAGUUGACAAUGUCAUGUCUUCUCUGCAGCUGAGCUAUGACGAGCUGCCUUCUCACCUCAAAGCAUGCUUUCUUACUCUCUCGCUCUAUCCUGAAGACUGUGUGAUACCGAAACAGCAGCUGGUGCACGGAUGGGUCGGGGAAGGCUUUGCCAUCGUGAAAAACGGAAGAUCUGCGACUGAGUCUGGAGAAGACUGCUUUUCAGGACUCACGAACAGGUGUCUUGUUGAAGUUGUUGACAAAACUUACAGUGGAACCAUCCUCACUUGCAAGAUUCAUGACAUGGUUCGUGACCUGGUGAUCGAUAUAGCGAAGAACGAUUCUUUCUCUAACCCGGAAGGACUCAACUGUCGUCACCUUGGGAUUAGUGGGAACUUCGAUGAGAAGCAGAUCAAAGCUAACCAAAGGCUGAGAGGCAUUGUGUCAACAACUAAGACAGGUGAAGUGAACAAGCUCAACGCAGACCUGGCUAAGAAACUAACAGAGUGCAAAUACCUUCGGGUUCUUGAUAUCUCUAAGUCAAUAUUCGAUGCACCUCUGUCUGACAUCUUGGAUGAGAUUGCGAGCCUUCAGCACUUGGCCUGUCUUAGCAUGAGCAACACACAUCCGUUGAUCCAGCUUCCUCGUUCCAUGGAAGAUCUCCACAACCUUCAGAUUCUUGACGCCAGCUACUGUCAGAAUCUGAAACAGCUCCAACCUUGCAUCGUCUUGUUCAAGAAGCUCCUUGUUCUUGACAUGACAAACUGCGGAUCGCUAGAGUACUUCCCCAAGGGAAUCGGAAGUCUCGGGAACCUCGAAGUGCUGUUGGGGUUUAAGCCAUCCAAGUCAAACAAUGGUUGCAAGCUGAGUGAAGUGAAAAAACUCACAAAGCUCAGGAAACUUGGUCUUUCUCUGACUCGUGGCGAUCAGAUAGAUGAAGACGAGCUUGAUUCUUUGGUAGACCUAACCAAGCUUAUGUUCAUCUCCAUCAACUGCUAUGAUAGCUACGGAGAUGAUCUCAUAACCAAAAUAGAUGCUCUCACUCCUCCACACCAGCUCCACGAGCUUUCGCUACAAUUCUAUCCUGGAAAGAUGAGUCCGUCGUGGCUGAGUCCUAACACGCUUCCAGUGUUGAGGUACAUGUCAAUAUGCUCAGGUAAUUUGACGAAAAUGCAUCAACGAUUCUGGGGGAUUGAGACCAACACUCACUGGAGAAUCGAGGGUUUGAUGUUAACUUCGUUGUCGGAUCUAGACAUGGACUGGGAAGAGCUCCAAAGUUCAAUGCCGUACCUUAGGACCGUCCACGCAAACUGGUGUCCAGAGCUAGAGACUUUCCCAAUCGAAGAUGUUGGCUUUAGAGGAGGAGUGUGGACAAAGACACCACCGCAUAGAACCUGA